AUGGCCACAGCUCCAAGCGCUGAGCUUGCUGCUACGACUAGCCGUACAGUCCCUGCGCGAGAAGAGUUGCGGAGAUUCUUUGACGUUCGUGCACGCCGAACCCUGGGUUGUCUGACUUGUCGUCAAAGAAAGGUUAAGUGCGAUCAACGUCGUCCAGAAUGUGACCGUUGUAAAAAGGGCAUGCAUCAGUGCCUUGGGUAUGACGAACCUUUUCUCUUCGUCAACCAGGCGUUGCCUGGAACACAGGAACUUCGAUCCAAGAAGUCGGCUAGACAGCACAAGGACUUCUGGAACCAACAAUUUGGCUCAGUUGGGCCCACCGAUCAAGAUGAUGGAAACCAAAUUGCUCCAAUGGUCCCUUUGAUUGGGUUCAAAGACAACAUUGUCAUCUCACAUUUUGUCACAAACUUGCGUAUUGGCUUUGAGCAGAACCCAGUUAACGUGUCUGACGCGCCAACCAUGCGUGCUGCCAUGGAAAGCUUCGGAAAACGUACCAGUGCAUACGUCUCUGGACUCAGCGUUGCAGAAGUCUACUUCAGUCAGAUACACAAGGUGAACCAUAUGCAGUCGCAUGCUGCCACGUUGUAUGGUCAAGCCCUUGGUCGCCUGCGGCUUGACCUGCAGUACAUGAACAACGACUUUGACAAGGCCAAAGCAUUCUUGGGCCUCUGGACCGCAUACUUUCUUUCCUUGUAUGAGUUGAUUUCAUCGUCUACCUCUGGGAUGUGGCUACAGCAUGCCCAAGGUGUUGCCACACUUAUCGAGAUGCUCGGUCCCGAGUCUUUCCAAAGUUCGUCCGCCAACGCACUAUUAGAAGUGAAGCGGCCAUUUCUUGGUAUCGCUCAUAUUGUAAUGCGAAAAAGGUGUUUCCUAGAAGCUCAAGAGUGGAAGGAUGGUCCUUGGGCUCACCAACCGGAUGCCAAGCUCCCUGGCUCACUAUUGAUGGAUGUCUUUGUUGACCUCGCAGGCAUCAUAGAAGAUGCCGAUAUCCUGAAGGCAGAUGCUGAAAAAAUGCGAGCCGGCACUAUAAGCGGAGCCGAGGUCAUGGCAUCAAAAGCCAAGUUGCAAGACAGAGUGCUCUCUGCGAUCCAGAGGCUUUCAGAAGCUCGGUGGAGGUGGGAAGAUGUGUAUCCACGAGUCUGUUGGAAGACUCGAAUCAACCUAGCAACAACAUUGUGUUUAGACGAAGAGGAGAAGCCGCUGUUUGACACCUGCCUAAAUUUUGUGGGCAUGAAGCGGACAUUUGAAAUUCUGUUUUAUAAUGUCAGCAGGCUGUUGCUAUUUCGUCUGUCGGACUUGGUUGGACUUCAGGACGACGCAACCGCGAAUAUGGAGCAUGUGUGGCAACGACAUGGCCCCUUUUUAAAUCCUCUACUGCUGCCUGGUCUCGGAACCAGGGAAUCUCAUGCAUUGGAGAUUUGUCGAAUUGUGGACUAUCUGCUCAACGGCGAGCAGAAUUACCACGGAGCUUACAUCCUCCUUUUCCCUCUUCGCGUUGCUCGAACGCAAUUGGAAUCGCUGCCCAAGGUUCAUAGCUGGAUCGGAAGGCUACUCAAACAGUUCGCAGAGGAGAAGGGACUGAGGGUGGGCGAAUAUCUGAACGAGCCAAGCGCAACACAAAUUCAUGCUGUACCAACAAGUCCACGGGCAUUCUCCACACCUGGGUCCCCCUCCAACGUCGGCGACUACUGGCGCAUUCGCAAUCGCAGUCGCAUGCCGCCGCUCGUGCUUCAAUUGUCGCAACACGGCCGCCCACCCCGACAGUCGCUGGGACAAGCCGCUCUCCUGUCACCACGACCGCAAGCGAUGCCCCCGAAACGCAAACGACCAGAAGAGCCCGCGCAACCCGUCUCGCAGUCGCAGCCGUCGUCGUUAACGCGUCGUGCAACGCGUCAAACGCCGGUCCUACCCCCGCUGCCUCCGACAUCCGUGGCCAAGGUGGCUCAAGCUCCAACGGUGGCGGGCCCGACUGGAGGAAAUGCGUUUGGAGGGCCACAAUCCCAAUCAACUGGCCCAACAACGACUUCAAACUCAACCACGACUUCUCAGACGCCUGUGCCCAUACCGACACCUCUUGGUCAGCUAAACCGCAGUCGUGAACGACCUCAAUCUGCCGUUCCGCCGCCUCCAAUUCCGCCGGUUUCCUCUGCUCCGGUUGAGACGCCAGUCCCUGUGCCCGUCAUCACUCCCGUCUCUCCUCCAACCAUACUCAGGCGUCCAGUGCCCUCUUCAGGGUCGAAUCCUUCUCCCAUGCAGAGCAUGUCCGGCGUCGCCAUCAAAGAGAACAUCCGCCCUUCAGAUCUAGUCGCUCCGGAAAUCACAUAUCAUGUGCCGCAGCCACCUCAUCCAGGACGGGUGCAGUCAUCGUUGUUGAGGCCCCAUGGUCCUACUGCACUGCCCCCUCGACUCGACAGACGACCUGCACCGCCCGUGAUAACGCCUGUCCUGCCACCCAAGCCGCCUACACUGGCCGUGAACGACCGCGGACCACCAAGACCAGACCGCAACAUUGAUAAGGUUGUGUUGGGGGAUCUGUGUUUCCGUACUUGGUACCCGAGCUACUAUGGAAAGGAAGUCUUGGGCGACACGUCGGGCAACGCCAGAAGCAGCGGUAGCAAAGAAGGGGUCAAUGAGGCAAACAAGGCGUCGAAAAGAGACAAGGAUAGCCAGCCAAUGUUGGAGCGACUCUACGUCUGUCCCAGUUGUUUCAAAUACGCCAAGGAACUGGUUGCAUGGCGUGGGCAUGUACGGAUUUGCGAACGCAAGGGGUUCAUUCCCGGGAAGAAGGUCUACACACAUCCUCGCGGCCGAAGAAAAGUCUUAGUUGCAUUCGACGGGAAGGGCCCUGGCCCAAAACGAAGGCGUGGCGACGGAGGUAUCAGAUACACAGAGGAGAUUGUACAAGAUGAGGGAGAAUGGAGUAUUUGGGAGGUAGAUGGCGAGAAGCAUGGUCUUUUCUGUCAAAAUUUAUCGUUAUUCGCAAAGCUUUUCCUAGACAACAAAUCCGUCUUCUUCGACGUCACCGGCUUCAACUACUUCCUGCUCGUAUACACACCGCCCGCGAAACCGAUCGCUCCCGGAACAGCGCCUGUACAAACACGUCCACCCCAAGUGUGUGGAUUCUUUUCAAAGGAAAAGAUGUCAUGGGAUAACAAUAACCUGGCCUGCAUCUUGGUGUUUCCUCCCUGGCAGCGCAAGGGGCUUGGUGCGCUUCUAAUGGGCGCGUCGUACGAAAUCUCGAGACGAGAGGGUAUACUUGGUGGUCCAGAGAAGCCUAUUUCAGACCUUGGCAAGAAGGGCUACAAGCGGUUUUGGUCAGGAGAAAUCGCACGGUGGCUACUCGGCCUCGAGAACAAUAUACAGCAGUCACAACUACAGACUCAGCCGCAGACGCAACCGCAGCCACCGCUAGUAGCAGGUGCUCCCGUACUGUCUCAGGAGCUGAUCGUAGAUGUCAAUGAUUGCAGUCAAGGCACCUGGAUAGCUGCCGAGGAUUGUUUAGGCGUCCUACGCGACAUGGGGGUCAUUGAGGAUGCAGGCAUGGGAUACGGCAAGCCAGAGAAGAAAGCUGACCCGCCUGAAGAUGAAGAAGCCAGUCAGUCAGCGGAUGUUAAUGACGGAACGGGCCAGAAACCGCAAGAUACGGCGACAAAGCCAGUCGAGGAAAGGAAGCCUCCUCCCGUCAAGCUCGUACCCAGAGUGCGCGUGGACAAGGAGGCCGUACGACGGUAUGUGGCGACGCAUCGUAUCAGUCUCGAAAGGACGUGCGAUCCGGACGGCUUCGUGAUGGGGUAUGCCGUCAAGACGGAUGGCAGUGCAGCGGAAGGUGAUAAAGCUGGAGUUGAGGCGGUAUAA